CUGUCUGCUUGGUUGAGGAGCCAUCAGCCAGGCAACCGGUCAGUGUGGUCGUGCGACAGCUUCCUUACUCUGGCGGCACUGCAAGGACAGCCCCGCCCAGCGUCCGGGGAAGAGGAAGCAAGCCACGUCGCACCCAGUCUGCCAUCCUCCUCUCUCUCUCUCUCCGUUGCUGCCUCCAUUCACUCAAACACAGCCAACAACCGUAGAACCAACAAGACUGAACAAGUGCACAGCACCAAACACCAAACACCAAACAACAGGCAUGAGGUUGUCGUCUGUCUGUCUGCAUGUCAGAUGGAGCCUCAUCGCUCGCUUGCGCGCACCCGGAGAAUUAAUCCUUCGCGCCCGCUCUGCCCUUGGCUCUUGUACCCAUCCGGCCAGAGAGCCCACUUUUUGCAGCGCCGGUCCAACACCAACAACAACAACAACGAGUCCAUCAUCCAUCUAGUAUCCACAACGUCCUCACACUGCAAAACCGUGUUGACAACUUUGAACUCUCUCUCCCAUCAACCAUCCACCAUCGAGCAAUCUAUAAUUCUCUCUAUAUAUUGCUACAUAUAUGCAAACACCCUUCAUCCGCUCCCCUCCCGCUUUUACCCAUCCCCCCUUUAUCUGACUCUUCCCCCCUGACCAUCGCGUCUCAUCCCUCCCUUCCUACGCGGUAACACCCCAAUAACAGAAUACGUAAAAACAAUAUUUCCCAAAAGACACACUGCCAAUUACGCCCUUUCCCAACUCUGGUCCUCUGCUCGCUUUUGCCAACACGGUCCGACAUCUUGGCUCGAGUGCAUCCAGAAAACUGCCCCGACGCGGCGCGCUGGUCAAGCAAUCAACGUCGAAUUUCGAUGAAAUACUCUUCCUCGCAACGUCCAUCAAUCUUUUGAAUGGUAGAUG